AUGCCUUGCGGUCCCAGCCCAGGCAUCGAGAUAAUUGCUGACCACGAAGCGACUAUCACCAACGGCAACAUCAAAGCAACAGUGUCACGCAGAGGCAAGAUUGUCAUUUACGAUUCGAAGGGAAACAAACUCCUUGAAGAGUAUGUACGUCACCGCCAGGACCCAAAGGACUCCAAGUGCAGCGCGUUGACUGUCGAGGCUCGUGAGCUGCGUCCAACCCUGGGUGGCGACUACCACCUCACCAUGCGGUUCGAGUCUCUCGAUCAUGAAGAGAAGAUUUUCGGCAUGGGACAGUAUCAGCAGCCCUACCUGAACCUAAAAGGCACAGACCUUGAACUGGCGCAUCGUAACUCCCAAGCCAGUGUCCCUUUUGCGAUUUCGUCGCUCGGCUACGGCUUCCUCUGGAACAACCCCGGCAUCGGACGGGCGGUUCUGGGAACAAAUGAGCAGUUGCUUAACAUUGCGCGCGAGCACCGGCGUCGCGAGGUUCCUCUGGAUUUGAUUGUCAUCGACUUCUUCCAUCGGAAGCACCAAGGAGAAUGGAGCUUUGAUUCGGAGUUUUGGCCAGAUCCAGAGGCCAUGGUCAAGGAGCUUAAAGAGCUCAAAGCCGAGCUCAUGGUUUCCUUCUGGCCUACCGUCGAGAAUGCAUCCGAGAACUUCCCAGAGAUGCUCGAACAGGGCCUUCUCAUCCGCCACGACCGCGGUAUGCGCAUUGCGAUGCAAUGCGACGGCGACAUCACACACUUCGACGCAACGAACCCGGCAGCCCGAAAGUACAUCUGGAGCAAAGCCAAGCAAAACUACUACAACAUGGGCAUCAAAACAUUCUGGCUCGAUGAAGCCGAGCCCGAGUUCUCAAUCUACGACUUCGACAUCUACCGCUAUCACGCCGGCAGUAACCUGCAAAUCGGAAACACCUUCCCGAAAGAGUAUACACGGGGGUUCUACGAAGGCAUGACUGCAGAGGGCCAAACGAACAUAGUCAACCUCUUGCGAUGCGCAUGGGCAGGCAGCCAGAAGUACGGCACGCUCGUGUGGAGCGGCGACAUCGCAUCGUCGUGGAGCUCAUUCCGCACCCAACUCGCAGCAGGCCUGAACAUGGGUCUAGCUGGGAUCCCAUGGUGGACGACAGAUAUCGGCGGCUUCCACGGCGGCAACCCCGACGACCCUGCGUUCCGCGAGCUGUUCACGAGAUGGUUCCAGUGGGGAGCGUUCUGUCCAGUUAUGCGGCUACAUGGGGACCGUGAGCCGAAGCCGGCGGGACAGCCGACGGCUACCGGGGCGGAUAAUGAGAUCUGGUCGUAUGGAGAUGCGAUUUUUGAAAUCUGUAAACGGUAUAUUGGGAUUCGGGAGCAGCUUCGUGAGUACACGCGGGGAUUAAUGCGUGUGGCUCAUGAGAGGGGGACUCCUGUGAUGAGGACUUUGUUUUGCGAGUUCCCGUUGGAUGAGCGGGCUUGGGAGAUUGAGACUCAGUAUAUGUUUGGGUCGACGUACUUGGUUGUGCCAGUAUUGGAGCCAGGGCAGCGCAGGAUCAAGGCCUAUCUGCCCGGUUGGAGCAUCGUAGAAGCUCUGGGACAAGAAGGAUACUGUGUAUGA